UGCAGGUGGCAAGAGAAAGCAGCAGCCAGUUCUCAGAAACCCAGCCGGCUCUGCUUGUGGUGGCACAAGGGGCCCGAGCCUUUCCCCUGUACCUUGGAUGAACGAGCCAGAAUUGCCCCUGACAUCAGAGCCUCGUGUGGCUACCAAUGGCUGCCCCGUGGGCUGUUGUUGUGGAUCUUCCUGCCACAGCGAAUCUCAGGUCUGCCUCGUGGUCUGGGCACAAUUCAAGACCCAUGUUGGGCAUCAGUUAACAGAGGAGUUCUGAUUUGUGAUGAAUGCUGCAGUGUUCAUAGGAGCCUGGGCCGGCACAUCUCCCAAGUCAGGCACCUGAAACACACACCGUGGCCCACAACGCUGCUUCAGAUGUUGGAAACCUUGUACAGUAAUGGGGCUAACUCCAUCUGGGAACAUUCAUUGCUGGAUCCUGCAUCUGUCAUGAGCGGAAGGCGCAAAGCAAACCCCCAGGACAAAGUUCACCCCAAUAAAGCGGAAUUCAUCAGAGCAAAGUAUCAGAUGCUGGCCUUUGUUCAUCGCUUACCAUGUCGGGAUGAUGACAGUGUGACUGCCAAAGACCUUAGUAAGCAACUCCACUCGAGCGUCAGGACGGGGAACCUGGAGACCUGUUUGCGGCUUCUCUCUCUGGGCGCCCAGGCCAACUUCUUCCAUCCAGAGAAAGGGAACACCCCGCUGCACGUAGCUGCCAAGACGGGUCAGAUUUUACAAGCGGAGUUGUUGGCGGUGUAUGGGGCUGAUCCUGGCACACAGGACUCCAGUGGGAAGACGCCUAUUGACUAUGCAAAGCAAGGAGGGCACCAUGAGCUGGCAGAACGCCUUGCGGAAAUCCAGUACGAGCUCACGGACAGGCUGGCAUUCUAUCUUUGUGGCAGAAAACCUGAUCACAAAAGUGGACAACAUUUUAUUAUACCUCAAAUGGCAGACAGACGGCUUUUAGAUUUGUCAGAACUGGCCAAAGCAGCCAAGAGGAAGCUUCAGUCGCUGAGCAAUCACUUGUUUGAAGAGCUCGCCAUGGAUGUCUAUGACGAGGUGGACAGGCGGGAGACGGACGCAGUGUGGCUUGCCACUCAGAACCACAGCACACUGGUCACCGAGACAACGGUGGUCCCUUUUCUCCCCGUCAAUCCCGAGUACUCCUCAACAAGGAACCAGGGAAGGCAAAAGCUGGCUCGCUUUAACGCCCAUGAAUUUGCAACACUUGUCAUAGACAUUCUUGGGGAUGCCAAGCGAAGGCAGCAAGGGAACCCUGUCCCAAGUUCCAGAGAAAAUGUAGAGCUGAUCCUGAAGUCUGUCAACAGCCAGCACAGUACAGAGUGUCAGGAUAAUGACCAGCCUGACUACGACAGCGUUGCCUCUGACGAAGAAGUGGAUCUGGAAACAAGCUCAGUCAAGGCACCCCGGCAGAAGAGCCUAGAUUCAGACUUGUCGGAUGGACCCAUCACAACCCAGGAAUAUCUGCAGGUUAAAAAUGCCCUGGUGGCUUCGGAGAUGAAAAUCCAGCAGUUAAUGAAGGUGAACGUCAACUUGAGCGAUGAGCUGAGGAUCAUGCAGAAGAAGCUUCAGACGCUACAGAGUGAGAACACGAGUCUCCGGCGGCAGGCCACAACAAACGCCUCCCUGACUCCCGCUGGCUCUGAGUAUCCAGACGCCAGCAGCCACUCUUCCUUGAUCUGGCGGCCCUCUGUGCGCAGCAGCCGGCCUAUGUCCAUGUACGAGACAGGAUCAGCCCAGAAGCCCUACUUGCCAUUGGCCGAGGUCUCCUACCCAGAGGAGCACAUCACGUCGCGGCUGCAGCCGUUCCCUCCCCACGCAUCCAAACUGGAAAAGCAGAGCAGCCUGCCUGAAGGGGAUUAUGACAAUGCCGUUCCUGCGCUGGAGCCCGACGAGACAGGAAUCAGCAGGAAGGCCAGGCAGCGAAGCACCUUCCGACAGGGAGAAGGGCCCACCUCCGAGGCCAAGGACCCAGAUGCCAGCCCCAGCCUCCCCAGCACAGAGGACGUAAUUCGGAAAACAGAGCAGAUCACCAAGAACAUCCAGGAGCUUCUGCGGGCAGCUCAGGAGAACAAACACGACAGCUACAUCCCCUGCUCAGAAAGGAUCCACGUGGCAGUGACGGAGAUGGCUGCCCUCUUUCCAAAAAAGCCCAAGUCUGAGCUGGUGCGCACCUCUCUGCGGCUGCUGACCUCCAGUGCCUUCCGACUGCAUUCCGAGUGCACAAAGGCCCUUCCGCCAGAGUCCUGCCCCCUGGCCGACAUCCAGCUGGUCACCCAGCAGGUCAUUCAGUGCGCCUAUGACAUCGCCAAAGCUGCCAAGCAGCUGGUCACCAUCACAACCAAGGAGAACACCAACUGAGGCCGCCGUGUCCCCCCCCCACCUCCGCAGCAGGCCUCCUGCAAAGGGUCGGCUUGGAAGCUGAACAUUUUCAUGUUUUUUACAGGAAUAUUUAAGGUGGUGGAUUACUUCUUUUUUAAAAAGGAAUCUCAGUAUUAAAGGGGUUUUGCAUGUCCCCCCCCCUCAAAAGGACCCCCCCCCCGAAUUAAUGUAACCCACUGCCUUAUUUUAUGCCUGUAUUGCCAGUGUAAAGAGGGUGUCAGUGUAUGGAACGUCAUGAGCCAAUCUUCGCAUCAACCGCUCUCACAGGGAUGUGUGUGUGUAUCUGGGGCAGGGAGUGGUGGGGAGGGUCGCACUCUGCACCAUUUGUGAACUGAAAUGCACAUAUCAGGAUACAGGGCACAUAUCCCCAAGUCUUGUUAUGCAGCUGUUUGAUACACCUGAACCACUAUGUUGCACGUACCACUAACCUCUGAAGAGCGGGGGUAGGUAAGGACACUCCCCCCAACAUUAUCCCUGCCAAUCAGUCCCCACCCCUUGCGAAAUACCAGGCCAUCAAAGGCUUGCUACAAAAUAGUAAGACUAGCCUCCCGACCCCUUUAAUAUUUUAGUCUCCUGGGACUCUUCUUUGCUUUCCACGGUGGAAGCAGAUGGGAGUGUCUCAUAUUUUUUUUGGCCCCAGUUCAUAUAGAUCUUUGAGAAAGUGCUUUUCAUGACAUAACUGCACCACAAAGCUUUCCUAGGGCAGAAAAUGAUUUUUUGCUUGUCCUGUUUCUGCUCACCCGCCCCCCCUCCUCCUUUGGGGUAUCUGCAUUCCUGGGAGGAUGGCUUGCUGGUGGUGGCUGUGCCGGGAGUGGUGCACUGCAGGGAGUGUCUAGUUGCAGGUGGGACUGAAGGUCCAUCUUGGGUGGCAAAGGUACAGUGGAAACCUGCCUGGAUUUGGGGAGGAGUGAGAGACUGAUUGUCUUGUGUGUUUUUUUUGGGGGGGGGGGGAGAGAACUGCUGGUGUUGAGAGCUGGGCUUGGUGUCCUGUCCCAUUUGAGCCCCGACAACCUUGCUUCUUGAGAGCCACUGUGCCUGUGUUCACCAAGGCAGCUGUGCAGGGUGACAUUAAGAAAGGGGGCAGCUGUGCAGGGUGGCUAAGAAAGCCUCUGCUUUGCUGUUGGGUGUCCAAGUGGUCCAGUGGAUGCCAUGGUUUGCAGACAAGAUGCCGUGAAGCAGAGUGGCCCAGAGUAGCAGGCUGAACGCGCCUGCUGGUGAAAGGAUCAUAGUAAUUCCUGCUAGGUUGGCAAUUUGGCUGGUGCUUCAUGGAACGAAACCGGUACCACUGAUGGGCAUGCAUGAGAGAGGUUCCUACACUAGAGCACAUUGGUUGCACGGAAGCCCUGCUGCCAUCGCUAGGCCUUGAGGGAGUGGUGACAGGUUUGUCUUGUUGGGUUUGGUGGGUCUUAAAUAGCCCUCUAUGGCGAGAACUAGGUCUGGGUCAGGAGCCUCUCUCCCCCCUUAUGCCCAGUUGCCCAGUCUGAUCCUCAGUGCUUCAGAACAUCCUUUGUGCCACGAGGGGAGUCUUCCCUGGGGAAGGCGGUUCAGGGGGCAAGUCUGCAUUGUGUGUGUCUGGGGGAGAGAUUUCUGGGAUGGUCCCAAUAGCAUGCAGCAUGCUUUGUAGUGAUUUCUGGCAGGGGCACUUUAACAAACAGCUGAUUUUGUCCAGUGACAGCCCCACUCCCUCCCUUCAUCUUGGUGCGUCUGGGCCACCCCACUAGUAAAGGGUUCCGAUGAAUCCGGAGAAAUUCUUAUGAAUUCUGCUCAAUUGCUGAAUGGAGAAAGAGUCUUGGGCUACAGCCGGCCUGUGAGAGUUUGGUGCUCAAGGUGGAAAACCCAAAGGGCAGCCUGUGGGCACAUCAUGCCCAAUUCUGUGCACACCUGUCUCAUAACAAGCAAGAGCUGUGUGCAAGGGUGCCUUGUGGUGCUCUGGGUUCAUCUCCCACUCAUUCCACUGCAGCCUUCCACCCCAGCAGGACAAGACCCACUUAGCUCCUCUUCUCUUAAGAGUCUGGCCAAAAUGUACGCACAAAACCGAGAGGGUCUCGGGUCUGGGGAAAUAGGAAGCUUGAGGCUGGCUGGGCCUGAGCAAGCAAGUCAACCUUCCUCCUGCCCUGCCUAGUGCUCCCCCCAGCAGGCUUUGCCACGGCCUGUGAAGUUGCCAGCUCACUGCAGGGUACUGCUUCUGUACAAGGCAGAGGAGGCAAUCUGCUCACCUGCAUGCCACUCAUAGGAAAUGGGCAGACAGGCUGUCUGCUCCAGGGAUGCUUGGCUGGCGGUGGAGAGGUUUCUGGGUUUAGAAGCAGCAGUCCAACUUGAGGGGUGUGUGUGAGAGUGUGUGUGUGUGUGUUUUACCCUGUUGGUAUUUAUAUAUUAAAAGAAACCAAACCAAGUGCCAUAAUAAUGUUGGAUGCUGAUGUUACCUUGUAAUUAACUACCUUUUUAAAAAGUAUUGUACUAUUUUUGGGUUUAAAGAAACAAACAAACAAAAAAGGUAGAACAGG